AUGGCUGAGUCGACCGGUCUCAUAGACGAUAUGGACGAUAUGAUUGAUUGGAUCAAUCAUGAAGCCCACACGCCAAAUCCUGUAUCAGAUCAGCUUUCCGGAACACGAUGCGACCAUCUUGAUUUCACACACAACCUGGAUAUUUCGCAAGGCGUUGACAACUUCCCCGCUACUAGGAACGUUAUCAACCAUGCUUUCAUUACCAACGGCAAGAUCAGAAAUACGGCUAUGGAUAACGUCAUCUGCAUUAACGUUACGAUGAGACGUCCUCGAAUUAAGAACACUAUAAUCCUCAAUUAUGUGGAUAUAAACCAGAUUCUCACAUUCGCAACGCUUGAUAACGCUGAUAUUAGCGCCGCUUCUGUCUCCAACUCUAUCAUCGUCACCUCUAAUGUCGACGAUUGCGACGUUGCUAACUCAACCCUUACCAAUAUUGAGCUCAUUAAUCCUAUCUUCUGCCCGUUUCUGUUUCCAGAGCUACCGUUUCCAGUCCAAGACAAUUUGUCGGACGCCGAGGAACAGGUUGAUUAUAACAUAACACCCUAUACGAGCUUUGACACACCCGGUAUUACAACUCAAAACCAGGACUUGUCGAAUCCUUCAACCCAAAACAUCCAAGGGGGUCACCGAAUUGAUGCACAUGUGGCUACUCAAUCAUCAUUGAAUCUACUCGAAGAGGCUCGGGCUUCCUCUCAGGGUUCUAUACCAGAGAUUGGCAGCCACGAGGAACACAACAGCGAAGGCCAAUUGGAAAUUUCGACCGAAAAUGUCUCGAUUCUACCAAAUGUACUAUCACCCAUCGGGAUUUAUGCGACCCCCAUUUCUGAUUGCAGCACACCUUGUGACAAAGUUGCUACGCCACCUUAUACGCCAAAAAGACGAACACGAGAGCAGUUGGCUUCACAAGGAAAGAGAAAGAGACAAACAGAACCAAAGCCGCGUGUAGGGAAUACAAAUGAAAAUGUUCUUACUCUUCUCAAAAAAUGCGUCUGUGGGAGCAAAAGCGAAAAGCUCAAUAACAAACAAGCGCAGGAGGUUCAAACCGUUGCGGAUUAUAUGGUUUCGGAUGAUCUUCGAACAUCCUUACAGUCUCAUCUAGCAAUAUGGCAGGAAAAUCUGUCCACUAGGGGGCACGCCCUCGGAUUUCCGCUCCUAGAAAAGAGCCCAACAGCUGCCGCAAAAUACUUCGAACUAUUCCAGUCGAACAGACUCCUGAAGUACAGCCUUGAGCAUCGCAUGGCACUUGUUUCUUUCUAUUUGAUUUAUCUUGAAAUCGCCCGUGAAAUGAGGGUUAACGAAGAUCGCGGCAAUUAUAAGCCUCGAUCUGAAGAUAACAGGUUUACAACAAUGGCCAAUGAUAAGAUCUUAGAAGCCAUCCAUGGCGUUAAAGUACAAAGCUUUAGCAAGGAAGAGCUCGAUUCCGGCAGAGCAUUGAUGAACGAGUAUCAUCGCUGGGGCAAACGAUGGUGGACGCUUGCGAGUGGCACCGGUCUUGGAGUACUACUCAUACCUGGCGAGCAGCUCGCUAUGGCAAUAACCGAAAAGUUUACCAUGAGCCAGAUGAACGCGUUGAUGACAUAUAUCAAUGCCGCUCGCCCAGGAUGCCUUUCUUUCUUCAAAUCUUUGGAGAGUAUCACGAAGGCAAUGAUGUUUGGGCAACUGCCUGGUGACCUGGUUAAAGCUGUAAAGGAAACAGAACGCGGCCUUCUCGGCCGGACCACACUGAUACGAGUAAAUGAGCAGGAUGAGAUGAGCUUGUCUUCUCAAGAGGACUCCCAUUCUUGGAAAGACGUGAAGAUGGAGUCUAUUGUAAUGCAGAAGGCGGCCUUAUUUUUCUAUGAUUUGAAACUGUGA